UGAGCUGCAAAAGAAACAAGAUAGGGCAUCGGCAAACGUUUAAUGACGAUGAUGUAGCUAUGUAUGCUUGGUAUUUACUUCCGAAAAUUUGCUCGUGCGUUGGCGUAGAUGCUGCUGCGGAAUAUCUAUAGAGCAGCUAUCACCGAUACAAGAACAGAAACGAUAGAUAAGAUCAUACCAGUACAACGUGGCAAAUGAAAUGUUAAUGUCUGGAGAAAAAUGGCCCAAGCUAAAAAAAGUAAACGUAACAGCAGCAGAAAAUCGCUGUAUUUGUGGGAGUUUUUGUACGGACUGUUAGAAGAUGAGGAGUGUAAACAUGUGAUAGAAUGGACGAAUAAGGAAGAAAGAUUAUACUCAAUCAACGAUGCGGAAGAACUUGCCAAGCUGUGGGGAACUGUAAAGAAUCGACCAAAAAUGGACCAAUUCAAGUUAUUUCGAGACAUGAGAACCUAUUAUGAUAGAGGAUUGCUCAAAAAGAUAAAGGGCUACCAUCGCGUCUAUAAGUUUCUUUCUAUACCAUACGAGAUGGACGGGUGUGGACAAAAAGCUGAAUUACCAAACGAGAACACCGAUAAAGACAUGAUUUCAACGAAUACAAACGAUCUUUUUGACCAUCUGAAAAGUUCGGAGGUUGACGUAAAGAAACGUCAAUCAUCGGAAGACCAAUCCCGUUCAUGGAAGUGCUUUCGCCCUCGAGUACAAAGCUCCUCGUCGUUUUCUAGUGAAAGUAGUUCCUCUAGUAUGGACGAUCAAAGAAAUGAUUCUUAUUCAAUAUCCCUGAUGAAUGAUGAUGACGACAUUACAGUGAAUUCUUUAUUGGACUCAGUUGACUACUCAAAAUCCGUCAUGACCAAUCAUAACAGACAAAACCUCAUACCUCCAACAGACAUCGACGACAUUACAGUGAACUCUUUAUUAGACUCAGCUGAUUCCCGAAAAUACGUUACCGAAAAUUUCCAAGCGUUAACUGAUUCGUCUUAAAAAUGAGAACUGCCCAAGGAGAUUUUGCGAGACAAAAACUUGAUCACUGGUCCUACGACACAAGAACGCAUUUUAUUUUAAAUAUGGUUAGCACCUGUGUGAUCACGUAUCAUAUAUUUUUUAACCGGACUCGGUCGAAUGAGCUUCCACUUUGAUCUGGUGAAAAACAUUUUCAUUUAUGGCAACACUGAAAUAUUAUGGAUUUGGAUUUAUUCAUUUUAUCGAAUUGAGGAAUUUAUAACAGCAAUACGUAAAUCUCGUUGCGAUACCAAGGCUACGGUUUUUAUUGUCGACGCACACGUCAUACAUAUGUACGACAGUAGGAAUUAUUUGUUGGUACUUGAAGUGGCAUAAAAAGCUACGAAAAUCAUUACUGACACAUGACUUUAACAAAUUAAAGUACGAGAUCAUUUAGGGACAUUCACUCGGUGGUUUAAUAAAAAACUAGUUCAAGCUUAAA